CCCUGCCAAUAAAUUUUUUUGAUUUUUUUUUUCGGAUUUUGGAUUUCAUCAUCUGCGUCUGCCCUCAUUCCCAAGUUCUAUUAGAUUCACGAGUUUGAGGCAGGUGUGUGCAUAGCCGCCAUGGCUUACUUAAGCAGCGACAUCUUAUAUGACAUACUAAGACGUCUUGAUGGACCCAGCUUGGCCAGUGCCGCAUGUACUUGCUCUUCUCUCUCUUCCCUCUCCCGAGAGGAGACGCUGUGGGAGAAUGUAUGCAAGUCCAUGUGGCCGUCGACCGACAGCAGAGACGCCACAAACCUUAUUUUAUCCAUUGGCGGAUUCAGAAAAUUCUAUGCGGAUUGCUUUCCCCUCAUUGUCAACAAUGAUUAUCAUGGCCAGACUGAUGGUGGCCACGAGAGUUUCUUGCCAGCUGAUCUCAUCUCCCUGGUGGAUAUCAGGUUUGGAGACAGAAUCAUCUGGUCAAAGGUCCUAUGGGGCAUACCGGAUGUGAACGGAUCCAAUUCCUGGUUCCACUCCUGUCCAUUCCGAAUCGAUCUUCUCAGAGAUGAAGAAACUGAAGGUGGAGAGGCCAUCACACUUUCCGUUUCAGAUGGUCUGCAACCAGUUUCAUCCCUUGAGAAGGAGAGAAAAGAUGGGAAACUGUGGCGUGAUCUUAGAGACAGGCUGCGUCUGAGCUGGAUUAUCGUGAACAGAAAGAUCAAGAAAGCAGUUAAUCUCUCGAGCUGGAGCUCCCUUGGUGGCCAUAGGCACUGGCCCACGGAAAAGGACUUUGUAAUCAGAUUCGGGUCAGUUCUGCCUGCCAGACCCCAGUGCCGAGCAGUUGAGUGCGUUCUGACCAUGAAGUGCAGAGUGGUUCGGACUGAGGAAGAUGGGUAUAAUCAGACGAGGCUGGGACUGACCGAACUAGGGAUGGAACUGGAGGACAUGGAAGGCUCCCACGUGAACGGGAGGAAUAGCAUGUGGAUUCUAGCAGAGGCACUGAGAUGUCGUAGGAGCAGGAACUACAGCGAAGCCUUGGAGUUGCGGCAUAUGUUCACGAGGGCGCAGAGAGAGCUGAGGGAGGAGAAGAUGAGGAGCGACAAUGUGCUUGAUCGGAUCUUCAUACUGUCUGCCAUUACAGCUUUUCUCACUUUCUGCUACUUUGUUCUCUGAGAGAUGAAAUGAACAGAAACAAUAGGGAAAUAUGAGAUGAGUUACAUGUUAAUAAUAUGGUAUAGGUGGAUAAACCAACGGUGAAUUGACCGGUUUUCCAUGGAAUUUUGGUUCAUUGAUAAAUUUUGAUCUGUAGUUAAGGGUGGUUUGUGAAGGAAAUUAUAUGAUAUUGUUGCAAUUUCAUCAUGGCGUGGCUUCCUCGACAUUUAGGCCUCGGUACGUGCGUGUGCUGAUAGAAACAAAAACUUUUGAAAGAGAAGGGCCUUGCUGCACUGUCUCCGGGCCCCCCCUUCCCACUGUCCCCUUGGAGCAACGCAAACAUUAAUGUUGAUUUGGUCCAAUCACAGGAACGGUCAUCUUCAUGAUGUACAUUUUUUUUAUUUCCUUUUAUAUAUAUAUAUAUAU